AUGGCUAGAAUGAAGACUUCUUAUUUUCCUUCAACAAAUUUUUACUCUUCCUCAUAUAUGAGAAGAGGAAAAAAAUGUUAUUGGGUCAAUGUCUUCGUUGUUUUGGCCAUUGCAUCUUGUUUAACUCAUAUCGUUGAUUCCGCAUCCGUUAAUCGACCUAAAAGAGAAUUCGUUAUACCUGAUUGGAUUGAAAUAGUUGAAGAAUCGUCAGGAUUAGAUGACAGAUCUAACGUUCAUAGAGCUGUGAACAUUCGUGAAGCUAAAAUCACAUACGAUGGGGCACAAUUGUGGAGGGUUCGGCCUUCUGAUGAACAACCUGUUUUUCAAUCGGAUGUUUUUUCCGAUUUACACGAAAUUGGAUUAAGUUCACCAUGGUUUAGCAACGAUACCACCGUGGACAUCAUGGUGAAACAAGAUGCAAUAGCAAGAACAUCACGUGUUUUGAGAGAAAAGAAUCUUCGAUACGAAGUUGUGAUUGAUGAUCUACAGAGAGCGAUAAAUGAAGAAAAUCCACCAUUGUCUGCUGAACUGAUGGAAGAAUUGGAAGGACGUAAAGGUCACAGAAUGGAAUGGUCGAGUUAUCAUCGAUUAGAUGACAUUUAUGGAUAUCUCGAUUUUUUGGCACAAACUUAUCCAGACGUUUGUUCAGUCAUGAACAUUGGUAAUUCUGUUGAAGGUAGACCCUUAAAGGUUCUUAGAAUUAGUAAUGGAAAAAUAGGAGUACCAGCUUUAUGGAUAGAUGGUGGUAUUCAUGCAAGAGAAUGGAUUUCACCAGCUGCUGUAACUUACAUCAUUGAAAAUUUAGUUGAAAAUAGUGAAUCAUUAGAAGCUGAUUAUUAUAUACUUCCAGUUGCCAAUCCUGAUGGAUACGAGUACACAUUCACGAAUGAUCGUCUGUGGAGAAAAAAUCGACGCAAUUUUGUUGGUACUAAAUGUGUGGGUGUAGACCUUAAUCGUAAUUUUGGUUACAAAUGGGGUGGAUUGGGUACAAGUAAAAAUCCAUGCAGCGAUAUCUUUGCCGGUUCUGCAGCAUUCUCCGAACCGGAAACAAAUGCCAUUAGGAAUUUCUUCGAAGUCAGUGCAGCUGAUUUCAAGGCAUACCUAACGUUCCACAGUUAUGGUCAAUAUUUCUUAUAUCCAUGGGGUUAUGAUCGUCGAGUCCCACCAGAUUACGCUGAUCUUGACAGAAUUGGUCAUUAUGCUGCCAAUGCCAUGAAAAAAGCAGACGUUGCAUCGAGUUCUUAUACAGUUGGUAACAGUGCAACAACAUUGUAUGCAGCAGCAGGUGGUUCAGAUGAUUGGGCUAAAGCAAUGUUAAAAAUCAAAUAUUCUUACACCAUCGAAUUGAGAGAUACGGGGGUUCAUGGUUUUGUUUUACCAGCACGUUAUAUUGUUCCUACUGCUAAAGAAGCUUUAGCUGCUGUCCAGGUUAUCGCUGAAGCUUGCAAAUCUUUAUAA